CGUCCCCCGCCGUUCCCUCGGCCAAAAACCGUAUUGUUUUCGCGGGGCUACUCUCGUCCUCCCGCCGCAAACCGCCCCCUCCCUCCCCUCUCCCUCCGGCCGCCGCAAUGCCGGUCUACAGCAUCCGCGGUGUCGACGUCGACUUCCCCUACGACGCCUACGACUGCCAGAUCACCUACAUGGACCGCGUCCUCCAGUCCCUGCAGCAGGGUAACAACGCACUGCUCGAGAGCCCGACGGGGACGGGGAAGACGCUCUGCCUGCUCUGCUCCACUCUUGCGUGGCGACGCACCUUCGGGGAGUUCCUGCGGGGUGGGGGAGGAGGAGGCGGGGGAGGGAGCCAGCCGUCAGCCAGCCAGCAGUCAGGGCCAUCCGGGACCCAGUCGUCGAGGUACCCCGUGAUCAUCUAUGCCUCCCGGACGCAUAGCCAGCUCCGGCAGGUCAUCAAGGAGCUCAAGGCCACCAGCUACAGGCCGAAAAUGGCAGUGUUGGGCUCCCGUGAGCAGAUGUGCAUCCAUGAUGAAGUGAGCAAACUCCGGGGAAAAGCACAGAACAACGGUUGUCACUACCUCUGCAAGAAACGCUUGUGCUGUCACAACAAUAUUGUCACUGAAUACAUGAGAAACAAUUCUGAACUUGGGAGUGAGCCUUUUGACAUUGAAGACUUGGUUAAUAUUGGUAGAACUAAGGGCCCGUGCCCAUAUUACAUCUCCAGGGAACUUUCCAAAUCGGUCGAUAUUUUGUUUGCUCCUUAUAACUAUCUUAUUGAUCCCGGAAAUCGGCGUUCCUUGACUGGUAUACCAUGGGACAAUGCAGUACUUAUAUUUGAUGAAGCACACAACCUGGAGAGUAUAUGUGCAGAUGCUGCGUCUUUUGACUUGCUUCCCCAUAACCUCACUUCUUGCAUCGCGGAAGCUCAAGAAUGCAUCCAGUUGUGUUCAUUCAAGAGGUCCAUUGAAAAUUCUGCUGAUAAACAAUUUGACCCAGAAAACUAUGCUAUCCUCAAAGGUUACCUAAAGUUCUUACAUCAUCUACAUUUCAGUUUGACAAUUUUGCAAGUGAAAUUUCCUCAUGUUAAUAGGGGCACUCUUUUUCCAGCUCUUUUAAUGGCACUUGAAAAAAAAGUUAGUGAGCUGGUAAUUGAAUCCAAGGAGCUGGGCUACACGAAACCUGGGAGUUACAUACACGAGUUCCUCUCUGAACUGAAUAUUACAUCUGAAACAUCCAAGAAGCUAAUUGAGACAAUUGAUAGCGCUUCUCUACUACUCGAGGAAGGAAAUUCUGGUGAAACUAAAGCUGGGGUUAAGGCAAAGGCUACUGUGUCUAGAUUGGAAACAAUUAGGGACAUGCUUGACAUAAUUUUUAGGGGUGGUCGUCAAGACCAUGCGAAGUAUUAUCGUUUCCAUGUGAACGAAUCACGACAAGCAUCUGGAGACUCAUUGCAACUUUUUGGCAAGGCUACAAGGACUCUUAGUUGGUGGUGUUUUAACCCAGGGCUUGCUAUGGAGGAAUUUCUUAAGUUGGGUGUGCGCUCCAUUAUAUUAACAUCUGGAACGUUAUCUCCCUUGGACUCACUUGCCAUGGAAUUAAACCUUGAGUUCCCAGUUAGGCUAGAGAAUCCUCAUGUUAUUUCUCCGGAUCAAAUCUGGGUUGGAGUUGUGCCUGUGGGGCCAUCAGGACAUUCACUUAAUUCUUCUUACCGGACGCGUGAAACCAUAAAAUACAAACAAGAGCUGGGGCUUGUUAUAGUUAAUUUUGCCCGUAUUGUACCAGAUGGACUCCUCGUUUUCUUUCCUUCAUAUUCUAUGAUGGACAAGUGUAUUGACUUCUGGAAAAAUAGGAACCAUGAACAUUCAGUGGACGAGAACACAAUUUGGCAGAGAAUGUGCAAGCACAAGCAACCAGUUAUAGAGCCUAGGCAGUCAUCGAACUUUCCAGAUGCAAUUGAGGACUAUGCAGCCAAACUACGUGAUUCUUCUACUUCUGGGGCAAUAUUUUUUGCUGUCUGUCGUGGCAAAGUUAGUGAGGGUCUUGAUUUUGCUGAUCGUGCUGGGAGAGCUGUGAUAGUUACUGGAAUGCCAUUCUCCACCCCAACUGAUCCUAAGGUUCGUCUCAAGCGUGAUUAUUUGGAUAAGCAGGCUACACCAUCUAAUAAGAACCCAAAGGGUUUGACAGGAGAGGAAUGGUAUGUACAACAAGCAGCGAGGGCUGUUAAUCAGGCCGUUGGACGGGUCAUCAGGCAUCGCCAUGACUACGGAGCAAUCAUUUAUUGUGACGAAAGGUUUGUGUGGCCAAAUUACCAAUCUCAGAUGUCCUAUUGGCUCAAACCUUAUAUAAAGUGCUACUCAAAGUAUGGGGAAGUAGUUCAAACAUUGACCAAAUUUUUCCGAGAUAAAGUUUCCUUAGACUCUUCAAAGCCAAAAGAGAUGGAUUGUGAUGAUAGUAUAGUACCACUUGCAGACAAAUAUUCGCCUCAGGAUAUUCUCUCUUAUUCGGCUGCCACUGCAGCAAAUGAGCACCGAGGAACUACAGUACCAUUAAACGUGACCACAAGAAGGAGUAACUAUAUGAAGUUUGCCCAGAUCACUCCUGCCAAUCGUGCUACCCUUUCAUCAAUUAAACAGGGCUGUUCAUCUAGUUCACAGCUCGCGUCCUCAAGAGACCAACUGUCUCAAGAUUCACAGGUUGAUAUGACCAUGCAUGGGCAUUUAACGGAACAUUCUUUAAAGUCUUUGAGGCUUAAAAAAAGAGCUAAAAUAGCGGGCAUAUCCAAUGAUGCCGUUGGCCUUCAUGACGUUUCUUCAAAAUUGCAACAUAAUGUUGACUUGCCUAGAUACCAAGGUGAACGAUCUACACCUCUAUCAAAAAGAAGUACUAUUGAUGAAGCGUGUGAAACAAAUGAGGUUAUUGGGGAAAGGUCUAGAGGCCAACCUACUACUGGACCGGCCUUCUUGAAGCAGGCUCGAGAAAAGCUCGGUACAGCUGAGUACGGAGAGUUUGUUGAACUUAUGAAGGCCUUAAAAUCGAAAUCCAUGCACAUGAAAGAUUCCCUUGAAGCAAUAGCGAAACUAUUUUCAUCUCCAGGGCGUCUUCCACUUCUGGAAGGGUUCAGGGUCUUUGUUUCUAAGAAUCAUCUCCCAUUAUAUGAGCAGCUUGUUCGAAAAUAUACUGUGGCUAAUACAAACUGAUAUCAUCUGUUGCACAUAUUUAAAGAUGAAAUUUUGUAAACUUAAGGGGUUGAUCUGCGGCAUGUGCUUCCUGUUUCAGAUCUGUGCGCUCGAUCAGCAAGCCUGAGCAAUUCCACUGAAUUUAUGCAAUUAUCUGAUGAGAGCCGUUGAAGAAGUGUAGGUUCUUAAAGCCAUAUGAUGCCAUAGUCGUCGACAUGACAAUGUCCUGGCGGUUUGAAAAAACCAAUCUACAUCAUCCAUAUCUACAGGUUUAAUACCAGCUAGUCAGUGACUUGCACAUAGUGUGGAAAUGUGUACGGAUGCUCAACUGUUAAUUAAACAAUGUAAUUAUCAUGUAUUGUUUUUGUGGGACACAUUAUCAACACUUGGGUUCUGUUA